AUGCUUGCUACACCUCCCCAACCACAUGAUGUCUUCUUGUCUCACUUCAAGACAUCACAACCUACUCAAGAUGUCUCUACCAAUGUAAAUCCGAGAUCGAUUGCUCAAAACUGGCUCGACCGCUUCUCAGCAGUCCUUCUUUCUGGCCAUGUUUCUCGUCUCUCUACCGUCUUCCAUCAAGACAGCUGGUGGCGUGACCAUGUAGCUCUAUCCUGGGAUCUCCGUACUCUGCAUGGUUUACCUGCCAUAACCUCAUUCCUCUCUCCCAUUCUCUCAUCUGUGAAUCUACGCCCGUUGUCUUUGGUUUCAGAGGGCGAGGCAUACGCUCCGUCCAUCGUCACUCCCAUUCCAGAACUUGAUUGGGUUCAGUCAAUUUUCACCUUCGAGACCGCGACAGGCAGAGGUCGAGGUUUCUUCCGGCUAGCUCAGGGCGCAGACGGCGACUGGAAGGCCCAUAUGCUGUACACCGCUCUCGACGAAAUCAAGGGUCAUGAGGAAACCACUGGUGCUCGUCGCGCUCACGGCGGUCAAAACUCUUCUCUUGGAGGUAAUUGGUUCGAGCGAAGACAACAAACUUACGAUUUUGUCGAUUCCGAACCUACUGCUUUGAUUAUUGGUGCUGGGCAAGCUGGUCUGAAUCUUGCUGCUAGACUGCAAGCCCUGGGGCUGUCUACUUUGAUAGUAGACAGACAAGCUCGCGUGGGAGAUAAUUGGCGCUCUCGAUACCGCACCUUGGUCACCCACGAUCCUGUGACUUACGCACAUAUGUCCUAUCUGCCUUUCCCGUCCAACUGGCCGCUGUACACUCCAAAGGACAAGCUUGGAGAUUGGUUCGAGGCUUAUGCCAGUUUGAUGGAACUCAACAUCUGGCUCUCUUCUUCCGUCAAUUCCGCGACGUGGUCACCCUCCUCUAAGUCCUGGACUGUCGACAUCACAAAAGCAGAUGGAAGCAAGAGAACACUGCAUCCCUCUCAACUGAUCCUCGCUACAGGCCACAGCGGCGAACCUCGCAUCCCUACGUUUCCAGGUCAAGACUCUUUCAACGGCACCAUCUACCACGGCAGCGCGCACAAAGAUGCCACACUCGCAUCUGCCCAAGGCAAGAAAAUCCUCGUCGUAGGCACUGGCAACAGCGGCCACGACAUUGCCCAAANNAACUACUACGAGGCUGGUGCUGCCUCUGUAACAAUGCUUCAACGCUCAGGCACCUACGUGCUGCAAGCCGAAAAAGGAGGCCACAUGCUGCACGCCGGCACCUACGAUGAAACAGGUCCUCCCACCCUAGCCGCAGACAUCUACUCGCAAUCCCUACCUCUGCCCGUGCAAUUCGCUCUAGGCAGAAAUCUCACUGCAGCAAUCAAACAAGCCGAANAAGAAAACCUAGACGGUCUGGAAAACGCAGGCUUCAAAGUCGAUUUCGGGCAUGAUGGCUCUGGGCUGUUUAGAAAGUAUAUGACCAAAGGAGGUGGCUAUUACAUCGAUGUAGGUUGCAGCCAACUCAUCACAUCCGGCAAAGUAAAAGUCGUUCGCUGUGCAGAAGGUAUCGCUGGUUUUGAAGCCACUGGCGUGCGUCUAGCCGACAACAAUUUCAUCACAGCCGAUGUGGUUGUUUUGGCUACCGGCUACGACAACAUGCGCACGUCCUGCCGUAAAAUCCUCGGCGACGAAAUUGCAGACAAAGUCACCGAUGUAUGGGAUUUGGACGAUGAGGGAGAGUUGAAUGGUAUGUGGCGACCUUCAGGCCAUCCUCACUUCUGGUAUAUGGGAGGAAACCUCGCUCUCUGCAGGAUCUACAGCAAAUUCCUGGGUUUGCAGAUCAAAGCCUCUGAACUUGGCUUAAGCGAUAUGUAA